AAAAAGAAAGAAAAAAAAACCCUGAUCAGUUUCUUAUUAAUAUUGGCUGCGCCUCUUAAACCCUAAACGCGCGGCUAGACCCUCUCUCUUCCUUCUUCUGCUAACUCUCUGCGGCUGUGGUGGUGACUGGUGAGGUUAUUUCGAAGCUUAAAAGAUGCUCGUUUUGUUCGAAACUCCGGCGGGUUUUGCCCUUUUCAAAGUACUUGAUGAAGGGAAGCUAUCAAAAGUUGAGGAUUUGGGGAAGGAGUUUGCGUCACCAGAUUCUGCCAGACAGAUUGUGAAGCUAAAAGCUUUCAACAAGUUUGAAAAUACAUCCGAGGCUUUGUCUGCUGCAACUUUGCUAAUAGAUAGUAAGCCCAGCAAGGGUCUACGGAAGUUUUUGCGCUCUCACUGUGAUGGUGAAACAUUAGCAGUAGCUGACUCAAAGCUUGGAAACGCAAUUAAGGAGAAACUGCAAAUUGAUUGUGUUCACAACAAUGGUGUCAUGGAGCUCAUGAGAGGAGUGAGAAGUCAGUUGACAGAACUCAUAUCUGGUUUAGCUGUUCAAGAUUUGGCUCCAAUGAGUUUGGGUCUAUCACAUAGCUUGUCAAGAUACAAGUUGAAGUUUAGUCCAGAUAAGGUGGAUACCAUGAUCAUUCAGGCUAUUGGUUUAUUGGAUGAUCUUGAUAAGGAACUCAAUACCUAUGCAAUGAGAGUUCGAGAAUGGUAUGGAUGGCAUUUCCCAGAGCUUGCUAAGAUUGUGCAGGACAAUAUUCAAUAUGCCAAGACUGUGAAGUUGAUGGGUGACCGCACAAAUGCUGCGAAACUUGAUUUCUCAGAGAUUUUGUCUGAUGAAACCGAGACAGAACUGAAAGAGGCAUCCAACAUUUCAAUGGGAACUGAAGUCAGUGAGAUCGAUCUAUCAAACAUCAGGGACUUGUGUGACCAGGUUCUAUCCCUAUCAGAGUAUAGAGCUCAACUGUACGACUAUCUGAAGAGCAGAAUGAAUACUGUUGCCCCUAAUCUGACCGCUCUCGUUGGUGAACUCGUUGGUGCUCGACUAAUUGCUCAUGGAGGAAGCUUAAUGAAUCUUGCUAAGCAACCUGGAAGUACUGUCCAAAUUCUAGGGGCAGAAAAGGCUUUAUUCAGAGCCCUAAAGACCAAACAUGCUACACCUAAAUACGGGCUUAUUUAUCAUGCAUCUUUGAUUGGUCAGGCAGCACCAAAACAUAAGGGAAAGAUCUCGAGAUCUCUUGCUGCGAAAACUGCUUUGGCAAUUCGAGUUGAUGCUCUUGGUGAUGGAGAAGACAACUCCAUGGGAUUGGAGAACCGAGCCAAGCUUGAAGCACGAUUGAGGAAUCUAGAAGGUAGAGAACUAGGCCACUCCGCCGGUUCAGCGAAAGGAAAACCUAAGAUUGAAUUUUAUGACAAGGACAAGAAGGGGGCAGGUGCAAUGAUCACCGCAGCUAAGGUUUACAAUCCUUCUGCUGAUUCUAUUCUUGGACGGACAGAACCAGAAGUUGUGAAAGAACAAGCGAUCCCAUCACCGGCCCAAACUGAAGAAAAGAAGAAAAAGAAAAAGAAGGCAGCUGUAGAAGAAGAUGCUGAUGAAGAGGAGGUAGAGAAGAAAGAAAAGAAGGAUAAGAAGAAGAAGAAACAAGCAUCAGAGGAGAAGUCUGCAGAAGAAGGUGAAAAUGGGGAGAAGAAGAAAAAGAAGAGAAAGCAUUCUGAAGUGGAGGAGGAGCACCAAACUGAAACUCCAAGUAAGAAGGAGAAAAAGAAGAAGAAGAAAAGUGGAGAUUAAAUACCAAGCCAAGUCCCCCCCAUCAUUUUAAAGAAGUUAGGUAUCAUCUUAAAUUGCUGUGUCUUUGAUUUUGCUUGUAUAAUUUAUUAAGUUUUUUAUUUUAUUUUGUGGCUAAGAAUAUUCAGAGACAUAAUUUUGAAUUAGUUAUUUUCUUUUUGAAACUUUUGUUUGAAAGAUUAUGUUUAUUAUUAGUUUUUUUUUACCAA